AGCUGGUUGUUCAGGAACGGAGGCAGAAGGGGAACUGGCGGUUCCUCCCGGAGCGAAGGCCGAGAGGAAGGGGAGGGGUAGGGCCCCCCCGACGGAUGAUGGUGGGCGGUGUCCCCCACGGACACGAGCCCGCCCCUCGGCACGGCCCUCCCCGCCGCAGCUCCCGGGAGACGCGGCGACGUCCGUGAGCGGAGGGACGGGCAGGUUCGUGCCGGGAGGAGCCGGCCUGCGGCUGGACUGCUCCAUCAGAAGACACUGCGGUCGCACAGCAUUUCGUCGUGCCGCAGAAGCUGACAUAAGCCCCAUUAGGCCCUUAUGCGAGGGAGCAGAAGUACCCAUCAAUCUCCUCUUUCCGUAUGUGCUGAAGUAUAAGCAACAACUGUCUCUUGGAGCUGAGCAAGAAUGGAUUCUAGAACAGGGUAAAAUGCAAACAGAACUAAACUGGCAGCACCUCUGUGAGAAUGCUGAACAUAAUUGGUAUCAGAAAUCAGAGGAUCUAACACAAAGCCUGUUUUCAUCAAGAGAGGAGAUAUUUCAGUAUGAUGAUAAAACUUCUCUGUGCAAAGAUAUUCCUACCUUGGAAAUAAAAAAGCUGCAGAAGCAGAAUGCCAGCCUUCGGGCUGCUAUUGCACAAAUGAGGAAAGAAAUGGAGAGUCUUGAUGAGCAGAUGUUGUCUUCUCUUCCUCUGACAGAAAACAGACAGCUUGUAGAGCAAGGUUCAGUGAGCACAAACAAAAUUUCAACUGCAACCACUUUGAGCAACAUCAAAGUCAGCUCAAUUAAGCUGGACUGUAUAGUAAACCCAGACACAGAAAAGGGGCCAGAACCCAAAGUUCUUGAAGAAAAGAUAGUAGAUCUUGGACAACAGUUGCCUGAUGUAGGUCCUGGUGUUGAGCUUCAAUAUGGUGUCAAACAUGCUCUACAGGGAAUGCAAAAUAAACUGAAGGAAGCAGCAAGAAAAAUCUCAAUCCUAAACCAAGAGAAGCGGCAGUUGAUUGAAAUGGGAAACAGACUCAGGGCAGAACUUGGAAUGGUGUUAAAGGAAGGACUUUGGCAUCCUGUCGGCUCUAAACACUGCACAGUUUGUAUUGCCUCUGGUAGUCUGCUUCCAAGAGAACUUGUGAAAAGAACGCAGUGUCAGCUAUCAGCUCUAAAACAUCUACAGCACAAACUCACAACACAGAAGCUGCAAUAUGCAAGGCAACAGCAUCCCUCGAGGUUCUCUUCUCUAGUUGCCUGCCCUGGCUUAAAGGAAGAAGAAGCUCCAAGCAACUGUGGGGAAGAAAUAGAAUUGCCAUCCUCUGAGGUUCAGCUAGAUUUCUCUAUUGAAAAUCAUGGGCCAGAGCAACAAAAGGCAAAUGCAUCCUCAAAGAUUGUUCAAAGUCAGCCGCUCAGGCAGAGUCCUAGUCAAGUCCAGCAGGUCCAGCUUUCUUCAUCUAGAGCAUAUAAAUUCUGUCAAGGUGUUUGGCAAACUUUAGAAAUGGAAUCAAGCCUUUCUAUUCUCAGUCCUCAAAAGAACAGCAACCAAGCAGUGGAAUUGGAAGUUAUACAUUCAACCAAGCAAUCUGAAGAAUCUCAGCAAAAUGUCAAAGCCAAGGAUAAACUUGAAGUGCCAGCUGGAGAUUUGACAGUCAGAGGAACAAGGCUGGAAGUUCAGCAGAAGUUAAAAUCCAGGAAUUUAUCUUGUGCUCAUCCAUUAAAACCAAAAAUCUCUUCUAACAUGGCAAAAAUCCGCAACUAUAAUAUUAAAGACUGAUUUCUAUGUUGGCAGCAGGUUCCAGAUCUACAGUUGCUAUUAAUUUACUUUGAAGUCUCUAAAUCAGAUGUAAAUAUUUGCUUCAUUUUUGUAUGUUGAGUUAUUUGCAGCCAGAAGGGAGAACAAAUACCCCGUUUCACACAGCGACCCCUGAAAUAAAGGGUUAAUGUGUGUACAUUAUGAGAUUACAGUCUUCACUGUUAAUACUUAUUUCUUUUAAUUAUAUGUGUUAAAUUUUGCUUGCAUCAUGGAUUUAGAAAUGCCCAGUUAACACAUAGGUAAAGCCUUGUGCCUUCAGGCAGGGCUUCCAGGUCUUUAGCAAAUUUUUUGUUGAGAAACUGUAGAUGUGAUUUAAGCUUAGCAGUGGGAUGCCUCAACCUACUUGUUUUCUUCUAAUUAACAAUGCAACCGUUAAUCCUGUGCAGCUAUCUUUCUACUUGAAAGUAAAGGGGUUGAAAAGAUUACACCUGAGUCUGUAUUGUUUCUCAUAUUCUGUAGCUCCUCCCACUUGUUCAGACAUAAUGAGAGUAUAAAAUUAAAUCUCUAUUGUCACACUAGUAAUUAUAUUUUUCCCUGACGUGAGAUUGCAUGGACUUUAAAGCAGUGAAAAACACUGCUAAUGAGUUAGAAUCAUACCCUCAGAAUCAUACCAGUUGCACUGUAAGAUAUAAGUCUUAAAACAUAAAACUAAAAGAAACUUGAGUUAGCUGGGAUGUAAGAAAGGAUAUCUCUGUAGCAAUGAACACACCAGGACAUUGAAACAAGUAAUGAAUGUAUUUUUGUAACAUUUCCGUAAUGCUGAGCUGUCUUGGGAUAUUACAGCGAUGAACUUUACGUAAAGGAAAUACACUUGAAGAAUUCAAUAAAAAACUUUUUUUAUGGAGUCUCUGUCUAUGGAGAUAAUCAAAACCCAACUAGAUGUGGUCCUGGACAGCCUGUUCCAGAUGACCCUGGAGCUGAGGGCUUGGACUAGGUAAUCUCACGAGGUACCUUCCAACGUAAGAGGUUCUUUGAGUCUGUGAGUGGUAUCACUGAAGUGAAUAAUACUUCUCAGUUGCUGCUAAACAUAUAAAAUCUAAACAGGGAGAGAGCCUCUUACCCAUGAAUGUCUUUUUUUUCUGUAGCGCUUUUCUUUUUAGAAAUGCUUCUCUGGUACUCUUGCAAACAGGUGCUCUCCUCGGCAUCUGACAAAGUGGUAGAAAUCAGUUUGAGAAUUUGAAUAAUUGUUUUCUAGUACCUGCUGAAAAUGUUUUGCUUUAGUGCAAAGGUGCUGUGAUAUUAUGAUCAGAUGCUAAAUCUGCAAUAAAUUUCAUGAGAUGUUACCAAGCCAA